AUGUCUGAAAUUCAGAGAUGGACGGUGAAUGAGCCAUACCUCGAUAUCCCGGGAACGUUACUUGAAGGCCCCUAUCACGAUGUAGCCAACAACGAGUUUCGUUUCAUCGAUAUCUGGGACCAAAAGCUUUACCGCCUCGAUCUAGCCAAAGGUCCGGACUCUCUGAGAGUCAUCGAUACCGCCGCUUCUGUUGGCGUGACCGCCAAUGUCAGUGGGUCGAAUCAGCUGAUUGUUGGGGCCAAAUAUGGAUUCGCGCGGCUGAACCAAUCUACUGGAGAACUGGACUAUAUUCACGAGGUCUGGGGCGACGAGGAAGGGGGAAAGAAAGCGGAGAGAAUGCGUUUCAAUGACGGCGCAGUCGACAGCCACGGCCGGUUCUGGGCAGGGGCCAUGAACGAUCCGAAGAUCAAGAACCCGGAAGCUGAAGGUGUUCUAUUCAGACUGGACCCGGACCUCAGUCUGCACCGUAUGCUGGCACCGGUGACGAUUCCCAAUGGCAUCGGCUGGAAUGCCGCAGACGACACCAUGUACCUGACCGACUCGCCGACGGGCAAGAUCUUUGCCUUUGAUUUCGACGCCACCACCGGCGCCAUCAGCAAUCGCCGCAUCCACUUUGACAUCGGCUCGUCGCUGGAACCUGAUGGCUUCGCUAUUGAUGUCGAGGGCUGUAUUUGGACUGCCGUGUACGGCGGUGGAUGCGUGCUUCGCAUUGAUCCUGCUGGUCAGAUUAUCGGGCAGAUUGACUUGCCGACACGCAACGUGACCUGUCCUACUUUUGUUGGCACCGAGUUGUUCAUCACCACUGCCAAGGAUGACCGUGAUGACGAUCAGUUGCCCCAGUCGGUCCGGUAUGGGGGCCGACUUUACAGGGUUGAUGUUGGGGUCCGGGGCAAGCCCAAGACCGAGUUUCGGUUUCAGAACUGA